AUGACAGUCGAGCCUAACGAGACGUGUCACCUAGACAUGUAUGCGUACCAGGGCUCAGCACUAGCAGACCAGAUUACCGAGACCCUUGAAGUUGCCCCGCCAAGAAUAUCAUCCGUCACCCGUAACACAGCGCAUAGAGCUUCUAGAAACCUGGUUGCUACUGGUCCACUGGUCUAUGUUGGGAGGGGAUCGGCAAUAACAAAUUGCAUGGUUCGCGGCCAAUCAGCCGUUAUGGGUAGUUAUGAUGUGAUGGCGAUCCGGGAUCACCGUGCUACUCUACUCUGGCUCUACUACAGGACCAUAUGA